UACUGAAGGCGGAAGUGCACAGGGCAGGGGGAUUCCCCGAGGGAAGUUCCCAACUCAAACUGGGGCUAUGUAAAACAUAGCGCCAUAUCCUCCCCGGCGCUUCGUAACUUUGCAUCUAAAGAUCAGGGCGACGAUGGUGCGGCGGUGUCAAAACAACAAAUACGACUUUAAUAACAAGGGACUCGAAUGAAGGUAAGGAGGACGCGCUCUCACACGCAAAGGCACACACACGCAGGGCAGACGCGCACCGCCGGCGGAGGGAUCUUUGCCGAGCUGUUGCUCGGUCGCUUUACUGAAAACACCGGCUGAAUGCUGAUCCAAGUGCAAAGAAUACGGAACUAUGCAAAGCACUGUUUAAAUGUCACUUUGUAACCAGUCGUGGAUGUGUCCUGGAAGGCUUUGGUGGCUCAUGUCUGCCGUGACAGUGAUGACAAGGCAUGGAAAGGAACAUUGGAGACCAGCUCAACAAAGCUUUUGAAGCUUAUCGCCAGGUCUCCAUCGAAAAAGACAAUGCUCAAAAGGAGUUGCAGAAAAUGAAGGAACAUUACGAGCAAUACACUCAAGAACUCAUAAAGAAGAUAGAAGACCAGCAGCGUUUGAUUACUGAUCUUGAAGCUAAGUUGUCAGCAACAAGGCAACCCUCAGGAGAGAUGAAAUGUGAGCCUUGCAACCAUCUCCUCAAAGCAGCCGGCUCUUAUAGGAAGAUCCAGUACCCGGAGAAUAUGGCCACCGUUGCUGGUGCUCCAAAUUUGACAGUCAACAGCAGCUCUGGCUAUCAGGACAUGCUGGUGGCAUUUGAAGCAAUUCAGGGCAAAUUUCGACAGAUCCAGAUCCUGACCACAAAACAGAAACAUCAUCUGAAAAGGUUCCACGGAAGUUACGACACUUCAAACGACCAGCGCUUCUCCAUGCCCAUCCAGUGCACCGACCGAACCGCAGAAGCAGAGAGGCCCUUCCCCUCGGCUCUGAGGUCAACCGUGAACAUCCCCCACCUGCCCACGUCCUUGGCGUCCCGCGGCACCAGUCAGGAGGACAGGGACUUGGUAGACUCUCUCACCAAACUCAGUGUCAAAUUCCCGCCCCCCGCGGACAGUGAAUACGAGUUCCUGAUCAGCGCUCCGGAGAGGAACAUUGCCCUGUCGGCGCCUCGAAACCAGCCCCUCGGCUCCCCCACGCUGCCGGAGGAGGAGCCCGUGGAACUGCCCUUGCCUUUUGUCUAUCCCACGUCCCCCUCCCACUCGUCGUCCUCCUCGCCCUCCCAGGAGAGCGUGCGGGGACCCCAGCAGUCCCUCUGGACCCCCGAGCUGUGUGAGCCCAUUGACCUCGGAGCCAACCAGGAGCCUUCGGACAGCAGCCCGAUUAAAUGCGCAUUUUGCCCCGAUGUAGUUCCCCAGAACCUUAUGACAAGCCACCUCUACUUGCACUUCUCACCCAAGAAGGAAGCGGAGAAUUGACAGGGGACUGCUGGCUCCAGAGACUGACAGGCAAAGGUCCAAACUUACUUCAAGAACUUUUUUUUACCUUCCUUAUGGUCUUCAUGGCCGUGGUCCUGCUUGCCAUGGACUCCAAAGCGCUGUACAGGAUUUGAAAAAUGACACUGCUAUAAGACUUGAAUUCAUUUAUUUAAUACUGAAGAAUUUCAUGGUACACUUUCAUGUCCAUACUGAUUUUCUAAUAUCACACUGAGAAUCAACAGUGAUGCAUAUGGUAUAUAUAUAUAUAUCUGUAUAUCUAUAUAUAUAUAUAGAUAUAUAUUUGAGCAAAUAAACAAUAUAUUUACUCUUGUCAGUUUUUAUAGCUUGAAUUGUUUUCAGCAGACAGAUGUAAAGCUAGUUUAUAUAAUAUAUGUUAAAUAUGCAGUAACUUCCAGAAUAUCAUUGUAAAGAGCCUUUAAAUGUCAGUAACUUGUGAUCCUU